GCCAGCAGCAGCUAGUCGAGUCCGUGCACCGGGUGGUCGCAUCUCGGAUUGUCGCGAGUUUCACUUCUUCUGGUUUAUAUCAACUCAAAGGAUUUCUUUCUUUCUUCUUCUUCUUUUAAUCAUACACAGGACGACAGCACGCUAAAAGAGGUAACAUUUCAACAGAGCCUGUUUGUCAGCUUGUCAUUGUGGUACAAACAUGAUGGAGGUGGCGCAGGUUGCGGCUGUGGUUGCCCACGACGCGGAUGAUGUCACAAACGAGAACGAGCACAGCAUGAGCGACGCAGAAAACAAGGAGGAUGAUAUGACACACAAGGGGGACAAGGUGGCUGUUAAUGAAGAGGAUGACACCAAGGAGAGAAAGGAGAAGACAUCACACAAAGAAGACAAAAGACCUUGCCACAUGAGUGAUGAAGAAAAUAAUGAGAAUGACACGCCACAUGUGAACGGUGUGGAGCACAAAGGGAACGACACAGCCAACAAGGAAAAUGAAAGAUCAGAAGCUGUAAAUGGCGUAACACAGGGUAAACAGAAUGAGGAGGAUGCACAGCCUGACACAACUGAAGACCAGAAUGCGUCAGAUUUGGCACUUAAGAAAGAGAAACUUCUUCGAUCCAGAAAGCCGGUGGCCAGAAGCUACGUGCCCAAGCUGGGCAAAGACAAGGGGGAUGUGACAAACAAGUUUGAGGCCAUGCAGAAGGCCAGGGAGGAGCGCAGUAGGCAGAGGAAUAAGGAGGAGCAGCAGAAGAGGAAAGAGCAAUUCAUCAAGGAGAGAGAGUGGAAUCGCAGGAAGCAGCAGAUAAAAGAACUACUUGCUUCCAGUGAUGAGGAGGAAGAGGUGAAGCCAGCAAAGGUAGAAAAAUCCUAUGUCCCCAAAAUCACAGGCAGUGUGAAGGGGAAAUUUGCAGAAAUGGAAAAACAAAGACAAGAGGAGGAAAGAAAGAGGAUGGAAGAAGAGAGGAAGAAAAGGGAGGCCCAAGACAACAUGGAAAAAGCCAAAAUCAAGAAAGAAUUGGCUCAGAAAGCAGCUGAGGAGGGAGAUGACACAAUCCUGGUACGGGUUGUUCCAGCGAAGGCAUCACGACCUCCAGGCAGAAUCAAGAUGAACUUUGAGGACAUGGAGAAGAAUCGAGAGGAGGAACUGAAGAAGGCGGCAGAGGAGGAGAAAAAAAGGCGGUAUGAUGAAAACAGACGCUCCUUCAGGGAAGCCAAGCGGCGCUCAGUUGUUCAGCAGGAGGACGAGGAGAAGCCCACUGAGAAGGCACAGGUGACUCCUGGAAAGCUGAAGCUGACAUUUGAGGAGCUGGAGAGGGAAAGGCAGGAUCAGAGGAGGAAGCAGGCUGAGGAGGAAGCCAAACGCCGCCUGAUAGAGGAGAAGAAAGCUUUUGAGGAGGCCAGGCUGGGAAUGGGUGAAGAUGAGGAAGACGCUCAGCCUUCUCAGGAAGACAAGGAGGAGUUCCGACCUGGAAAACUGAGGUUGAGCUUUGAAGAGCUGGAGAGGCAAAGAGUUGAAGAGGAGCGCAAGAAAGCAGAAGAGGAGGCCAAGAGACGGAUGGAGGAGGAGAGAAGAGCUUUUGCUGAAGCCAGGAAGAGCAUGCUUGUAGAUGAGGAUGAUGAGGUGCUGAUGGCCUUGUUGAACCUGGAGGGCAGUAAGCCUGGGAAGAUAUGCUGCAGUUUCGAGGAGCUGGAACGUCAGAGAAGAGAAGAAGAGCAGAAGAAGGCCGAAGAGGAGGCCAAGAAGAGGUUGGAAGAGGAGAAGAGGCUCUUUGCUGAGGCCCGCAAGACUAUGAGCCCUGGCCUGGAUCAGGAAAAGUCUGCAUAUGGAGAUGAAACAGUGAUAGAUGAGGAAGGAGCAAUGGUGAAGAGUGAGUCUCAGGAAGCACUGCACCCUAGAAAACUGGAGAUCAACUUUGAAGAGCUGCUGAAAGAGAAAGAGGAAGCUGAGAGAAAACGUAAGGCGGAGGAACGCAAAAAGAAACUGGAGCAGGAGAAGCAGGAAUUUGAACAACUCAGACAAGAGAUGGGCGAGGAGGAAAUAAAUGAAAGCUCGGAUGUAGUGAGCAGAGAGUAUGAAGAGCUGACAAAGCUCAAGAGGACUGGCUCCAUCCAGGCCAAAAACCUCAAGUCCAAGUUUGAGAAGAUCAAGCAGCUGACUGAGGAGGAGAUUCAGAAAAAGAUUGAGAUGGAGAGAGCACGGAGGAAGGCCAUUGAUGAUGAAAUUAAAGAAAGAGAAGCUGAGAGGUUCCAGGAGGAGGAUGAGGAAGGAGAGAACACUCCAGUGAGGGCCGAGGAGUCACCAUUCAAACAGAAGGUGGAUAUGCGAGCGCGAUUUGAGCAAAUGGCCAAAGCCAGAGAAGAGGAGGAGAGGAGGAGGAUAGAGGAGCAGAAGCUGCAGAGGAUGCAGUUUGAACAGCAAGAGAUUGAUGCAGCCCUUCAGAAAAAAAAGGAGGAUGAUGUGGAGGACGAGGGUAGCAUCAUCAAUGGCUCUGCAGCCUAUGAAGAUGAGGAGGAUCAUGCCAGGUCAGGGGCUCCAUGGUUUAAAAAGCCCCUUAAGAAUCAAUCAGUGGUGGACUCGGAGCCAGUUCGGUUCACCGUUAAAAUCACUGGGGAGCCAAAACCGGAGGUGACCUGGUGGUUUGAGGGAGAGAUGCUCCAGGACUGUGAGGACUAUCAGUAUAUAGAGAGAGGAGAGACCUACUGCCUCUACCUGCCGGAGACCUUCCCAGAAGAUGAGGGAGAGUACAUGUGCAAGGCUGUGAACAGCAGAGGCACAGCAGCAAGUACCUGCAUCCUCACAAUAGAAACUUAUGACUACUGAUGCUCUUCCACCUUCUGGAAACUUUCCUUGUAGUUGCUCACUCCUUUUGUAAAACUUUAUCCCUCAUGGUAUGGUAUGGUCAGAGGGAAGAAAAUAGCUGUAUGCUUGGCAUUCCUUAGGGAGGGAUACACACAGAAACACACACAUACACACAAAAAAGCAAGAUGGUGUUUACGUAUUGCUCGUAAAGCUGCACUCCCUGUUAGAGUAGGAUGAUAUCUGUGCCAAAAAUAGUCAAUAGAUUCUUGUUCCCAUGCCAAGGGUUGCAUAAAACUAUCUUCCCUGAGAGGCCCUAAUGAUAUUUGUGAUACCAGCAAAUUUUAAGUGUCAUAGUACUGUAUUGUAAAUAUCGCAUUUUAUGGUCCAUACUUGGCAGACAUGUUGCUUGAGGCAUUGAAGUACAAGGAAUAUCAGUAAAACAUCUUGCAUGCUUGCUUGGGUAUUCUACUACUACUCAACAUCUUCAGCAAUUAUCAAUCAGAAUUUAGUUUUCUGUUCCCUUCCCCAUAUUAGUAAAUGGUAUUGUGAUACUUGCCUGGUAUUAUGUCAAGGGGUAACACGUCAUCUCUGUGGGGUUUGUUUACAAUGAUAUGACAUUGUAACGGCAGUCGAAUAUUGGAGGAACAAAACAAAUUUGAACAUAUGUACAUCCUAACUUUCAAUUAAACUCUUUAUGAAAAAGCAUAGGAUAUCCUGAAUAUUUGUCAUAUG